GAACUGCGUGAAACAUGUCUGCUUCAAAAAACAGCUACAAGCCUGUGAGCCAUGUCGUUUUUGACAUGGAUGGACUAUUGCUGGACACAGAGCGACUGUACACAGUGUCCUUCCAGGAAAUCUGUGACAGGUUUGGGAAGCAGUACACGUGGGAUGUGAAGUCCUCGGUGAUGGGGAAGAAAGCUCUAGACGCUGCCCAGAUCAUUCGAGAUGCCCUGGAGCUUCCCAUGUCUGCGGAGGAACUCCUGUCUGAGAGCAGAACAAUUCAAGAACGGAUAUUUCCCUCAGCCAAACUUCUGCCAGGUGUGGAGAGACUUGUUCAUCAUCUUAGGAAGCACCGUGUUCCCUCUGCAGUGGCCACCAGCUCAGCCAGUCAGACCUUCAGACAGAAGACCAGCACCCACAAAGAAUUCUUUGCUGGCUUUGACCACAUUGUUCUUGGUGACGAUCCUGAGGUGAAGAACGGUAAACCUCAGCCAGACUCCUUCUUGGUGUGUGCCAGCAGAUUUAAACCCCCAGCCCCUCCACAGAAGUGUUUGGUGUUUGAAGAUGCCCCCAAUGGUGUGAAGGCAGCGCUUGCAGCAGGAAUGCAGGUGGUGAUGGUUCCUGAUGUCAACCUGGACCACAGCCUUACCCAGAGUGCCACACUGCAACUCAGGAGCUUGGAGGAGUUUGACCCACAGCUCUUUGGCCUGCCAGCCUAUGACUAAACUACAUCCUGGAGCCAGACU